AGGUGAAAUCGCUGUUGGAGAACCUUCUGACGUCAAAUAUUCUCCUUUAAUUACUAGUAUUUUGGAUACCAUAGUGGCUUUAACUUAUCAACUAUUAUGGGUCUAUCCGAUAUUUGUACUAAGUUUCGUACUGAAUGCUAUAUGGUAUCAAGAAAUAGCUGAUCGAGCUUAUAGAAUGUAUCAUGGUCGUCCACCUAUAAAUUCUCAUCGAACAUAUCCUAGGGCAUUAAGAGUUAUGGCAGAUGAGAUUUAUCGUGCAUUAUUAUUCAUGAAUUAUUUGAUGGUGGCAACUAUAGUUUUUGAGUACAAAUGGAUUAAUCAAGGUUGGUCUUUAGAACAACGUAUAGGAUAUUUUGAAGAGAGGUGGUCUUAUUUCGCCGGAUUUGGUUUUAUGUUUACCGUGAUAACGUUCUUUGUUGAUCAAUUUUUAAGUGCUGGUGUGUUCGCACUUCUCUUUCCUCUUUAUAUAAUUAUGGCUAACAAUGCUCUUCCUAUGCCGAGACACAACGAAAAUGCUCGUUUUUCAUCAUUAGUACCGUAUCGAUUGCGAGUAUUUUGGGUAGCGGAGAAAUUAAAUAAUAAGAUAAUCGGUGCAUCGGUAAAAUUCAAAACUACGAUAGGGAACAUGAUAAAUAAGGACGAGGAUAGCGACUAG